AUGAGGAAUUCUUGGUUGCUGCUGGCAACCCUUGCAUCGCCUGUGCUAAGCCGGCUGUCCUUACAGCAACGAGAUGUCCCGGCAGUGGUCAAUUUGGGGAUUCAACGCAAAGAUGUCACAGACCCGGUGGCCCGUGAUCGGAUCAGGAGAAUGAAACGGGAUAAGACCGUAGUCAGUCAAACCUUGGACAAUGAUGAAACUCUUUAUUACUCGAAUAUCACCCUAGGAACUCCUGAGCAGAGCUUGCGCUUGGUCCUAGACACGGGUAGCAGUGAUCUGUGGUGCAAUGCGCCCAACUCCACCCUCUGUGAAAAGAAGAGCAAGCCCUGCAGUGACGCAGGUACCUAUGAUGCUAGCUCCUCUUCGACCUACUCAUAUGUUAGCUCCGAUUUUAACAUCACUUAUGCCGAUUCGUCGGGGGCUGCCGGUGACUAUGUCACCGAUACGCUUGGUAUCGGUGGUGUCACUCUCAAGGACUUUCAAUUCGGCGUGGGUUAUUCUUCAAGCUCGGACCAGGGUGUUCUGGGUAUUGGAUACGUCUCCAACGAAGCGGAUACGGAUGGCACCUAUCCCAAUUUACCGAAGGCGAUGGUCAGCAAGGGAAUGAUCAAGUCUAAUGCAUACAGCCUGUGGUUGAAUGACCUGGAUGCAAACACUGGUUCCAUUCUCUUUGGAGGGGUGAACACCAAGAAGUAUCACGGCUCCCUGGAGACACUUCCCAUCCAGAAAGUGAACGGAAUCUACCAGGCGUUCAUCCUUGCCCUGACUGCGGUCGAGCUCAGCACCUCCUCCAAGACCAACAACUACUCCUCCAGCUCUCUCCCUGCGGCUGUUUUACUUGACUCGGGAAGCUCCCUCACCUACCUUCCCGAUGGGAUUGUGGAGGAUAUCUUCGAUGACCUGGAUGUCGAUUAUGACUCUUCGAGUGGGAUUGGAUAUGUGCCCUGCAGCAUUGCCAAUGACAACAUCAACAUCACUUACACCUUUUCCUCCCCGAACAUUGUCGUGGGAAUUAACGAGCUGGUUCUGGACAUGGGUGACUAUUAUUUCCAGAACGGCGAGCGCGCGUGUGCCUUUGGCAUUGCGCCCGCAGGCGACAGCACCUCCGUUCUCGGAGACACCUUCCUGCGCAGCGCUUAUGUAGUGUACGACCUGGCCAACAACGAGAUCUCGUUGGCGAACACCAAUUUCAACUCAACCGAAAACAACAUCCUUGAGAUCGGAACCGGUGAUGAUUCGGUACCCGGCGCCACGGCCGUGUCCAACCCAGUAACCACCGUGGCCGUGGGUGGCUCAGGAGGACGCAUCGGUGGCAUUACAGGAAGCACAGCCGUCAUCUCCUCGGGGGAAGCGACUCGCAACGGGGCCGUGCCGCAGCGCACCGGCGUACUCGCGCAUUUGCUACUGAGUCUGGCAGGAGUCGGAUACUUCCUGGCGCUGUAA